CCACAAUACCAUUUUCUCGGAAAAGAAACUGCGGCCCCCCCACAAACCCACGUCCUCUCCUCGCUUACAAAAUGCCUCCUCGCCGCCUCCACCGGCCAGCUCAUUUUUCUACCCUAGAAUAUCAGACAAAUUCCUUUGGUUCUCCCUGUAUAUUGAUUUUCUCACCUUUUUCUUGCUGAACAAACAUAAUACACCUGAACAUGCGAAUGAGUUGCAACGGUUGCCGAGUCCUACGCAAAGGCUGCGGCGAGGACUGCACCAUCAGACCCUGUCUCCAGUGGAUCAGAACCCCCGAGUCCCAAGCCAACGCCACUGUUUUCCUUGCCAAGUUCUAUGGCCGCGCCGGCCUCAUAAACCUCAUCAAUGCCGGACCCGAGCAUCACCGUCCUGAGAUAUUCAAAUCCUUGCUAUACGAAGCUUGUGGGCGGGUUGUGAGCCCGAUUUACGGGUCAACCGGGUUGUUUUCGUCCGGGAGCUGGAAUCUCUGCCAUGACGCCGUGGAAGCCGUUCUUAGGGGGGCUCCGAUCAUGAAAGUAUUGUCGGAGUCGGUCGUGAAUCCGCCAGUUCAAGCCUGCGAUAUACGCCACGUAGUAAAACCAGCUCCUUCCGAUCAACUCCACAAGGUCAAAAAGUCUCGAAGCAAGGUCAAGAGCUCGGUCGUUAAGCCGCAACCGAAAGCGAAGCCGGAGGUGGAUUCUGCUUCUAUCCAGUCACCGGGAAACAGCGGCUCAGAUCGUCAGUUGUGGUGUGACAAUGACCUUGGUGUGUCGGUGAGUCGGAACCCAAGUCCCGGAGGCAAUAGCACAGAAACUGACUGUAUUUCGGCCGAGACUGUGGAGGCGUCGCUGUUCGCGAAACCGGACGAACAAGCCGAUGGCUGCAGCGACGUGGACUUGGAGUUGACAUUGGCAUUCGGCAAUUCGGAACACGUAAAGAGGGAGGAGCAGAACAACGGGUACGAUAAUGACACGUGUAAGAAGCUAGUGGGGUCUCAAGCGGCUUAGAUGAUAUUUUAUUUUUUGGUUAAUACUGCAGAAAUUGUAUAUUGUAUGCAACAAAAUUACCAAUGUUACAGAAUAUUAAAAUGUCCAAUGUCUUUUUCUUUAUAGAAAUGUCAUUUAUCUUCAUUUUC